GCUGUUUUCAUUGUCCCUUGAAUUUAUUAAUUGCAUGCCAGGCCAACGAUGAAUUGGGCUUCAUGAUGAAUUCUUAAUCGAUUCUGCCUAGCUUGAGCGUUUUGUGUAACUACUCAAAGAAUCUCAAUAAAAGUCUGUAAUGAACUGGAGAGAAAUGAAAAUGGCUUCAAAACUAUUGCCAGAAUCGAAACAACUCCAUUAGCCACUAACAGUCCAAAAUAAAGUGAAAUAUGAAGUGAAAGUUGACCUGUAGCGGUAGUAAAAUAGGGUGCACGUUUGUGGUAGGGAGUGCAUAUAUGCUCAGAUUCGCCCCGUAGUGGAAACCACAUGCAGCAACUGCACAAACACCAAAACCUGAACGUGCAGGGUCAGGUUUUUCUCUGUCAGGGACGAACAGAAAGCUUUGGCUGUUAGGCUGACUGACUGAGAGAUGCUUCUUCUGCUGCUGUGUGUUGUUCUCCAGGCUUUGUCCUUGUCUCAAGGGCUCAAUCUUACAGAUCAGCGACCUUCCAAGAGUGUGAAAAAGCAUGCUGAUCAUAUAGACAAACAGAUUGAGCUAUCCACCCUAAGUUUGUCCGAAGGCUGCUUUGGUGUGCCUAGGGCUCUUUACAAGAACACUACACUCGAUGUGACUCUCAACCUUUUGGAUGCUGAGGACAAGAAAGAACUUGCUCUCCAAAUCUGUGAACGUUUAAGUUGUGGCCGUGUUCUCAAGCACAACGUUACUGCAACAGUGCACAAUGGCACUUGUCUUGCAGACUGCAUCCUGAGAGACUCAAAACUGCACAACUGUACUACAGCUGCAAAAGGGGACUGCGUGAAUGCAACUGAAGUCAUUUGCGAGCACCGUGAUGUCCAGUUGGUUGGAGGACGUGAUCACUGUGCUGGUCGGGUGCAGCUGCUGCAUUCUGAAAAUUGGGGAACAGUGUGUGAUGAUGAUUUUGACCUCAGUAGUGGACAUGUGGUUUGUGCCCAGCUGAGAUGUGGACAUGCGAUAAGUCUGGACUUUUUUGGGCCUGGAACAGGUACCAUCUACAUCAGCCAAAUGAAAUGCAAUGGCUCUGAGAGAAGCUUAUGGGAGUGCAGCUCAGUCAACACCACUCUCAACAACUAUUGUGGACAUAAGGAAGAUGCUGGCGUUGUGUGUUCAGAAAGUAUUCAGAUCGCACUCAUAGGCAACACAACCGAGCUGAACUUGACAACUCUGGUGGCAGUGUCAACUACAAUGGCAUCUGCACAAAGCAGCAGUGGCAUUUCAGCAGCAGCGAUCGGCUGCAUCAUCUUAUCUAUUGCUCUGCUUAUGUUUAUUGUUUUAAAUGCUGCUGCCUAUAUGCAUUUCAAAAGAGCAAAGGGCAAGUAUAAGCAUGUUUUACAUGUAAAAGCACUACUCACUCAUAUCUUCUGAAGCAGUGGAAACAGUGGCAUCAGGGUGUUGCAGUAGGGUUAGUAACUAAAUAAAAUCCACUGCACUAAAAUAACUGACUGUGAAAAUAAAGUGGCACCAAAAAAUAUUCAAACCAUUUUAGAUCGCAUGAAACAGUGGCAUCUGAAAA